CGGGAUGCUGUGUUUCCGCGCGGUGCUGCUGCAGCGGCGGCUGUGUUUCAUUUCUUCAGAGCGGCGCGUGCAGGUGAAGACGCACUGAAGUUUAUUAUGGCAGGUAAAAUCCUCACCGGCAUCAAUGAUGAUCGAAACUCUCUCUGAACAAUCUGCUGUGUCCCGAGCGGUUUGUUGUAGUGAUGGAGAUCCACAGAAGGACAUCGACCCUCAGCUUCGUCUCCCAGCCCUCAGAAGACGUCUGGAGUAACACUUCAGAUCUCAGUCAAACCUCCUCUCCUUCGUAUUCCUCUCCGAGCGAUCUGUCUCCAGACGGAUCCCCGCACAACUUCACAAACGUGCCAGACGCUGCCGGUGUGCUCAUCCCUCUGAUCUACAUCACCGUGUGUAUAGUCGGUCUGAUCGGAAACACUCUUGUAAUUCACAUUGUGCUGCGAUAUUCUCAAGCCGAAUCUGUUACAAACAUCUACAUCCUAAACCUGGCCAUAGCCGAUGAACUCUUCAUGUUAGGUUUACCUUUUCUCGCCGUGCAAAACGCUCUCCUCUCCUGGCCCUUCGGCUCUUUGAUGUGUCGUCUGGUGAUGACGGUGGACGCCAUAAAUCAGUUCACCAGCAUCUUCUGCCUGACCGUGAUGAGCAUCGACAGAUAUCUGGCUGUAGUGCAUCCCCUCCGAUCCUCUAGGUGGCGCCGGCCGCGGGUGGCAAAAGCGGUGAAUGCCACGGUGUGGGCGGUGUCGUUCCUGGUCGUUCUGCCCGUGGUGGUGUUUGCGGACGUUCUGCAGGAUGAUGGAAACUGCAGCAUCGUGUGGCCGGAGCCAGCGGAGGUCUGGAAAGCCACUUUUAUCAUCUACACGGCGGCAGUGGGAUUUUUCGGCCCGCUGACGGUGAUCUGCCUGUGCUAUCUGCUGAUCGUGGUGAAGGUACGCAGCUCCGGCCGCAGGGUUCGAGUCUCGUCUCUCAGACGCAGAAAGUCAGAGCGCAAGAUCACGCGGAUGGUGGUGAUUGUUGUGGCGGUGUUCGUGUUCUGCUGGUUGCCGUUUUACGUAUUGAACAUCGUGAACCUGUUGGUUCUGCUCCCGGGAGAGUUCCGCGGACUCUAUUAUUUCGUGGUGGUUCUGUCUUACGCCAACAGCUGCGCUAACCCUAUUCUCUACGGCUUUCUGUCGGAUAACUUUAAAAGAGGCUUCAGGAAAGCUCUGUGUCGCUCAUCUCGACGUGUCGACAACCGGGAUCAACAGCAGGGGACGGGAAUGAUGGCCGUACCGCUGGAAGAGAUCCGGAGAGAACUGGAACCCAGAAAUCUUCUGAAAGGCAACGAGACUGGAGAGAUGAAGAGCGAUGAGAAGACGGAGCUCCGCGGUGGGAGGAACGGGUGCCAGCGGGACACUGGAAGAGCAGAAGGUGACCGCUCCAUCAGUCUGAACCCUGAACCCACAGCUGCUCGCAACGGAGCACAAAGAGCAGAUCAAUACCUGACAGAGAGAGUCUCUGCCCUGGAAAUCAGUUAUCUGUAAUAUUGAGGGGAAAAAGGUCCAGUGGUGGACACCAGAAAGAUGAGAGUUCUGUGACCUCUGACCUCAAAGUAAUGAUGACAAACAUCACUGCUUCAUUCAACACCCAAAAACAAAUGUCCGUCUGUAGAAAACUGUGGAACAGCUGCACGUUAUGAACACAACAGCUGACAAAAAUGAAUAUUCUUUUCUCAGGUUUGAUUCUCAUAUAUAACAGACAUCUUCAAGCUCCUGCCGUCAUGUGUGAUUUGUGUGUUCAGAUAUUUAAGAGCUCUGUGGUGUUCGUGUCGGGAACAACCCAAGUAAUCCAUACAUACACAGAAAACAAAACAAAUAAGUUCAGAAAUGAAAUAAUAAAGAGUAACGACCCGGGGAUAAAGUAUUGAACACAUGAAGAAUGGGAGGUGCAAAAAGGCAUGGAAAGCCAAGACACCAGCUGAAAUCGAUCCGUAAAUAGAAAGCAAUCCUGGCCCUUGUCAGUGGAAAAUAACGUCAGCUAGUUAAGGCCCUGUCCACACCAACACGGGUAUUUUCAAAAGCGCCGUUCGUCCACACGCAAGAGCAGCACUCGGUCACUGAAACCAAACCUUCUUGAAAACUCCCUCCCAGGGUGAAGGUUUUUAGAAACUCCGGUUUCAGUGUUGUCGUGUAGACGGUGAUUUGGCGUAUGACGUUGGAAUGCGUGCCGCUAUCUCCUUUGAUUGACGUCAGAUUCCAGGGUUCUGAUUGGCCAACACAGCUUUAUGGUUAGGGUUAUAUCGCCACCUGUUGGUUUGGCAUGCUUUUGAAAGCGUGUUUUAGUGUGGACACUAUUUCUUUCUUUUUUUUAAACAAAGGAGGAAAACUCUGUUUAUGCAAAUACCCGUGUGCGUGUGGACUAGGCCUCAGUCCCAGCUGAUGGCCUCUAAAUAGGCGUCUCAUUACAAAGGUGUCACACAAGAAACAUCUCAUGAUGGGUUAAAGCAAAGAGCUCUCUCAAAACAAACAUACCGAUGGCGUUGGAUUUCUAAACUUCUCAAUGUUCCAGUCAGCACUGCUGGGGCCAUAAUCCGGAAGUAGAAACAAACAUCAUUUCACCCUAAACCGGCCACGGCCAGGUGCUCAGCUCCUCGCAAGAGUUCUGACAGAGGAGUGAAAAGAAUGAUCAGAAGAGUUGUCCAAGAGCAAAGGACCACUUGUGGAGAGCUUGAGAAAGACCUGGAAUUAAGACGAUGAGUGAAGCACUCGACCACCAUGACCUGGGUGCACGCUCACCACGCAAGACUCCAUUGCUGAAGAAAAAUCACAUUGAAGCUCAUUUAAAGUUUGCUGCACAACAUUUAGACAAGCCUGUGAAAAUAUAGUCUGGUCAGAUGAGACCCAAAUUGAACUCGUUGGAUGUCAUAAUACACACCAUGUUCGGAGGUCAAGUGGCACUGCACAUCAACCCAAAAACAACAUGGUGCAGGGCUGUUAUUCAUCAUACAGCACUGGCAAACUUUAUAUUGUUGAAGGAAGGAUGAAUGGAAAAUGCACAGAGACAUUCUUGAUAAGAAUCUGCUGCCAUCUACCAGGAUGAUGAAGAGGAAACGAGGGUGGACAUUUCAGCAAGAACCUAAACACAGCCAAGGAAACUCUCAAUUGAUUUCAGAGAAGAAAUCAAGCUGCUAGAAUGGCCCAGCCAAUCCCCUGACUUGAAUCCAAUAGAAAAUCUAUUUAAGGAACUUAAGAUCAGAGUUCAUAGAAAAGACCCACGUUCUGUUCUGAAGACUGUUUGUAUGGAAGAAUGGGCCAAAAUCACACCUGAGCAAUGCAUGCGACUAGUUUCUCAGAUACAGGGGGUGUCCUGAAGCUCAACACCCACUCAAGGCUUCUGUGUGAAGGAUUCAGUCAAUUUCAGUAAGAGUGUUCAACACUUUUUCCCUGGUUCAUUCCAGUUUAUUACACAUAACAAUUUCUGAAACUAUUUGUUUUCGUUGUAUGUAUGGAUUACUUGGGUUGUUACCGACUUGUGCUGAAAAGGUCAUGUCAACAGAACAUUUAGAAAUAUAUUUACUAGAAAAAUGGUGACGUGUUCAUACUUAUUUUACCCGCUGUAU